UGUGGAUGAUUACGGCAUUGCAGCUGUCAUUACAUCUUUGACUAUACAAAUGCAGCAGCUUUAACCAUAACAUUAAAAAAGCUGUACUUUCGUUUUUGGAAAGGAUUUGACGUGACAAAAAAAUGAAUGGGCGUAUCCAAACAACUUUUUACCCAAUUGGUUAAGAGAAGCGUUCGGAGCCUCGCAGCUGAAUGCAUUUCCACAGCCACUUUCUGCUGAUGAUGAUAUAGCUAGAAUGUCUGCUGCCUCUGCGUUGAAACCGGCCUGGCGGCGUGCGCGAUUCUGGGCACAGAAGGUGUACAGUACUUCGCCAAAGUUUGGAGCCAGCGACUUGCAAAUGGCCCCCUCCAGUUCGGAGAAAUUCAGAACCAUUGACGACUUACCUGGGCCAAGUCUAGCCACUACUGUCUACUGGCUUUUCGUGAAGGGUUACGCGGACAAGAGCCACGCAAUGCAGGUAGAACACCGGCGACUGUAUGGUUCGAUUUGGCGUUCGCGAUUCGGCCCUUUCGACAUCGUGAAUGUGGCGCAUCCCGAGCUUAUUGCUCAGGUUAUCCGACAAGAGGGACGCUACCCAGUCCGGACAGAUUUACCACACUGGAAGGAGUACCGCAACAUGAGGGGACAAGCCUACGGACUUCACGUCGAUACAGGCCCAGAGUGGUACCGUAUCCGUAGCGCCCUGAACCCUAAGAUGCUGAAGCUGCAGGAGGUGUCCGCGUUUGCGCCUGUGAUCCACCAGGUGGUGACGGACCUGCUGCGUCGCCUGGAGACCCUGCGGCUGCGGAGCCUGGACCAGGCCACCGUCCGCGACCUCGCAGGAGAGCUCUACAAGUUCGGGUUCGAAGGCAUUUCCUCCAUCUUGUUCGAGACCCGGCUGGGCUGCCUGGAGGACCAGAUCCCGGCCGACACGCAGCGCUUCAUCGCGGCAGUGGGCGCCAUGCUCACCCUGUCGGAGACCGUCCUCUUCUUCCCCCGCUGGACCCGCCGCGUCCUGCCGUUCUGGGCCAACUUCGUCCAGGCCUGGGACGACCUCUACAGCGUGGCUCAGCGUCUGAUUGACAGGAAGGUUGAGGAGAUCGCUGAGAAGGUGAUGAAGGGGGAACAGGUGGAGGGUAUGUACCUGACAUACCUGCUAUCCAGUAGCAAGCUGUCCAUGGGGGAGCUGUACAUAAGCAUCACAGAGCUACUGCUUGGAGGAGUUGACACGACAUCCAACACCCUCUCCUGGACUCUGUACCACCUGUCCCGGGAUGAGCCUGCCCAGGAGCGGCUGUACCGGGAGGUCACCUCCGUGUGCCCGGGGAAACAGCAGCCCACCACGGAGCACCUGAACAGGAUGCCUUACCUGAAGGCUGUCAUCAAGGAGAUACUCAGGUUGUACCCGGUCGUUCCUGGGAAUGGACGCCUCACAGUGGACAAUGAGGUCAUUGUGGACAAUUACUGGUUCCCGAAGAAGACACAGUUUCACCUGUGCCACUAUGCUACGAGCCGCGACGAUGCAGAGUUUCCGGAACCCGACCGCUUUUUCCCUGAGCGCUGGUUGAGGGGGAGCCCCACCAGGUCCCAGCACCACCCCUACAGCUCCAUCCCGUUUGGGGUGGGGGUCCGUGCCUGUGUGGGCAAGAGGGUGGCCGAGCUGGAGAUGUACUUUGCCCUGUCUCGACUGAUACAGGCCUACCAGAUCCGGCCAGAGGACGAUCCCGUUACCGUGGAGCCCAAGACUCGGACCCUCCUGAUCCCCGCUGGACCAAUCAACCUCCGCUUCCUCCCCCGAGCCUGAGGGGGGGCUCCAGCGUGGUGGGAAAGCUACCGGCUCUGGAGCCUGGUGGAACCAGAGAUGAUAUAAAUAGACAAUAUAAGUAUGAGAGGAGACCUAUUGGUCAGUCUUGUUUCCCUGUGCACUAGAAUCCUUAAUAGGGAGUGUUUCACCGUUCUUCACUGGAAAACCAGUAGCUUUCACGUGUUGGUAUGAAGAUGAUUUGUAAAUGGUUGUGAGCCUAAUGUCUGCGGCAGCUAGUGACCAUUCACGAGUGUUGUGUCCCCUUGUCUCACCUGCACUACAGAUGGUCUGAGUCUUCAGAUGAUCUGUGUUGGGGGACCUGGAAAUAUUUAUAGCGAGGUCAGAAACAGUGCUUUUGAACUUUCGAGCUUUCCUGAUCCUUGUGGUAAAGUCUGAAACUAAGAAGUUCACUUUUAUAUAUCUUGUUGUAUGCCGUAUGUUUUGAAUUUUUAAUUGGCAUGGUUAAUGUGUGAAGGUUUUAGGGGAGGUGUGUUCGCAGUGAAGUACAGAGUAUAGACCGCUUGAUGCGUGCAGUUGGACAGAUGUAGUAUUGUCCCAUGUAUUUUCAAGCCUGAAAACUAAACCUGUAUUAUUUUAUAGAAUUAACAUUUUUGUAAAAGUUUUUGUAUUAACAAUAUUAAUAAAACCAAUUACACAGGAGAGAAAAAUAAUCCUGCAGCUCA